GCAAUGGCGGCACAGAGGGCGCGAGGGGCCUAGGCCAAUGUGGGCGGUGGGGAGGCCAUGGUCCCGCCACACGAGAUCAUCACAUGCUGCGCACAGCUUUGUGUUAGAGUGCAUAUAAGUCAUUUCCCAUGCUUCGCCACAUCGGACCGGCCAGGUGGCAGGAAAAAUAGGCAAAAAUGGCACGCAAGUAAGAAGUGCACUAUUUCUUGUGGCAAAAACUCAAGAAUGACAAAAUAGAUGACAUUUGAAGAGUGGCUAUUCUUAAGAUGAUAAGAAAACUUAAUUUCCCCUUGGUUCAUUGUGUUAGAGAUCUUUGAUUUUGGUCAAUCACUUAUUCAUCACUCGAGUAGAUAAACCCGUUGCAAACUUGCAACUAGUCUUUAUUAGCUUAUCCAGCUCCCCAUUCUUUUCUUAUAACAUGAAACAAAACACUAAUCUGAAAGGUCAAAAGGCAUAGCAAGCUGGUAAAAAGUGAAAAAGUUGGCUCUAAAAACUGGAAAGAGCUGUAAACUUUAUGGGCUCGCACGCGGUAGAAAAGCCCAAACUAGCAAGGAACCGGCCCAAGAUCACGGAUCAGCCUGACACGGGGGAGCGCCACUUUUGUUCGGUUUCUGCGCUGCCCGCGCACCAACCAUCUGCCGAAAGCCGACCGUUGGAAUGAACCCACAUCGUCUACCACCCAUCAGCACGAGAAGAUUAAAGGAAAAACCGAAAUAUCCAGCAGCCACGCCCCUCCAUGACCGUUGCACAGUUCAAACACCACAAACCGCAGCAACGCACACUCCCCCGCGCGGUUAGAGAGAGAGAGAGAGAACAGAGCACGCCGUGUCGCCGCGGGACAAAUGGGCUGCAUCUCCUCGAAGCUCCUCCCGCCGGGGCCCGGCGACGACGGCAGUCGCGCCACGGUGCGCGGCCGCGUUGACCACGUCGUCUCCCUCACCUCCACCACCUACGGCGUCCUCGACCUACACCCCAAGCACGUUGCCGCCGCCCGCGAAGAGGAGGAGGAGCAGCAGCAGCAGCCGCCGCAGCAGCAGGACAAGCCGAUAAUCAGGGAAUGGAAGCGCGCCAGCACGCGCCCCCCGCCCCUCGUCGUCCCGAACAACGCCAAGAAGCCUGCGGCGGCGCCAGCGGCCAAGCCGGAGUCCGGCAUAGAGGUGAUCAACUCGUGGGAGAUCAUGGCCGGGCUCGAGGACGCCGAGGCGACCGCCGGGUCGCCGGCGAAGAAACCGUCCAAGCCGGGCCGGUGGUCGCCAGUCAGGGUCAUCGCCAUGGCCCUGCCGUCGCCCAAGAGGUCGGCGGCGAGGCGGAAGAACACGCCGGGGAAGGAGAACAGUCCGCUCCAGCGCUGCUCCGGGAAUAUUAACAAGGACAAGCCCGGCGAUGUAGACAACAACAGGGUGCUCCGGCCUUACAAUUCCAUCGACAACUCCAAACUGUCGAUGGCGUCCAAGAGAUUCUCUCCCGCGAGUGCUCGGAUCGUCCGCAAGCCCGGCUCCGCCGAGACCGGAGGCAUGUCGUCGUCGCGGCGGAGCCUGAGCCCGCUGUUCGACCCGGAGCUCCUGGCGUCAAUCGAGCGCGAGCUGUCGGAGGAAGGCGCCCACAUCAAGCGGAUGGUCGGACGCGAGAAGCCCAAGCACCCAAAGGCGGCGCCGCCGGCGAUUGUUGCCGAGGGCAAGUGCCCGCUCGGCGGAGCCGACGCUGUCGUCCUCUACACCACCACGCUCCGCGGCAUCCGCAGGACCUUCGAGGAGUGCAACGCGGUGCGGGCCGCGAUCGAGGCCCACGACGUGAAGGUGAUCGAGCGGGACGUGUCCAUGGACUCGGGCUACCGGGAGGAGCUGCGGCUGCUGCUGGGCGGGCGUGAGGUGCGCGUGCCCGCCGUGUUCGUCCGUGGCAGGCACGUCGGCGGCGCCGCCGAGGUGGCGAAGCUGGAGGAUGAAGGGAAACUGAAGGCGCUGCUCGAGGGCCUGCCCCAGGCGCGGGUGUGGUGCGCGGGCUGCGCUGGCGUGCGGUUCGUCAUGUGCCGGCACUGCAACGGCAGCCGCAAGGUGCUCGACGCCGAGCGCAAGGAGACGGUCAAGUGCGGCGAGUGCAACGAGAACGGCCUCGUCCGGUGCCCGAUCUGCUCGUGAGGUUGUCGCAGCGGAAUGGCGGGGGUGGAUCUGGCGAUUGAUUGGUGGUGUGGAUUGCUGCGUUUGCAUCGGGGUUGAUCUGCCUGUCUACCCGGCUGGUUUUGUUUUGUGAUGCGACGUGCUUGUUGCGCUCGGCAACAGCUGCCACUGUAAUAUGAACUGAUUCAUAUUGUUUCGUAUGUAAUUUAAUUACCCAAUUAAUUGAUUCUCAUUUUUUUCGUUAAAGCUUU